AUGAUGUCGGUCGCAGCCGCACUGCUUCUGCUGUCAGCCGCAGGCACGCUUGCCGCGGACUGGCGCUACCCGACCCCGGGACCGGACGGCUCCGUCGGAGCUCCGGAGAACUGGGGCGGUAGCUGCGACCAGGGUCGCCGUCAGUCACCCAUCGACAUCGCGUACGCCGCGUCCGUGCGCGGCUCCUACCCGGCGUUUAUCUUUGACAGCUACGACAGCCUGCCGGACAGCGCUUACAUCGUCAACAACGGACACACCGUUCAGAUCAACCUGGACAGCAGCUCUGCGAGCAGCAGCGUGUACGGUGGCGGCUUCCGCAGCAAGUACGUCCUGGAGCAGCUGCACUUCCACUGGAGCUCGGAGCACACGAUCGACGAUCGUCGGUACGCGCUCGAGAUGCACCUGGUCCACCGGCAGUCCCGCUACGCUUCCGUUGAGCAAGCGUCCUCCCACAAAGCCGGCAUCGCCGUGCUGGCGGUACUGUUCCACGUGGACGAACACCCCAACGAAGCCAUCCAGCUCAUUCUGAACUCCACCAGCCCGAUCAAGGCCAAGGUGGACGAGCGACAGCCGCUCCGCGCCCCGCUCCACCUCAACGACCUGCUACCCAAAGAUCGCACCGUGUACUUCCGGUACGAGGGAAGUCUGACCACGCCAGUGUGCGCGGAGUCCGUCGUGUGGACAGUGUUCCCGGAGUCGCUGCCGAUCUCGCUCGGCCAGGUGCAGGACUUUAUGACGAUCCACGACGCUGACAACCGGGAGCUGCUGGCCAACUACCGGCCCGUGCAGCCGCUCAAUACCAGGGUGCUGGUGUUGGUUUCGGAUACGGAAGUGGAGGCGAGCGGAGCUCGCAGGAUCGCGUCGGGAAUGUUCGCAGCGGUUCUUCUAUCGCUGGCGAUAAGUUUGUUUUAAAAGUAGACUGUAGAUAGCGCACGGUAGCUGGUAAGUGCCAAAAAUAGACUGAUAAAAUUAAGGUUAGUAAAAAUAAAGAACUUCAAGACGAAGAUUACCGGAGUACUUUCAAUUGGGGGCCACGCGUCUGGCUAUCGGGACCGACUUUAUGACCGUCGCGAUGAAAGUGCCCGUAAGUGCGGCCCAAAGAUUGUCUAGUCUCGAUGAGACGGUACGUCAGCAAUCGAUUCUUCGGGACCGCGGGUUAUCAGACUCUGACGUAGGUGGUGGAGCGUUUGUGGGUGUCAUAAAACGUCA